AUGAACGCUGAGCGUACGACCUCAAGCGAUCCUGCGAUGGUAGGGUCUACCGUACAAGCUUCCUUCGUUCCUGUACCGGAGACGCAGAGUACCUCAUCAAGUGCUUCGCAGUUCACGCUUCAGAGUGUACCAGACACGCUUGUUGGUGACAUGUUUGCAGGUAUGCAGCACGUCGUACAGCCCCAGCAGCUCUCGGGUGGCCACUACAACUCACCGAACCUCCUUGAGUCGCAGCUUGAGAUGACGGAACCUCGUUCCCCGCACACACGUGAGCGGUCUGAGACGCAGUCGCCAUCGAAGCUUGACGAGAAGCCAUCUUCCUACUUCACAUGGGACGCAGCUGCGUGUCUGAAGCUUGUGAACACUGUCGCGAACGCAGUGUCAGAGAGUGGCUGUGACGGAGUGUCGCUGACGAAGGCGGAAUGGGCAAACGUGGAGCAAAUCAUGAUCGGCGACGCAAGUGGGAGAAAGGCGAAGUCAAAGUUUGACGCGCUCACCAAGGAGUGGAAGGCAGCAAAGGAUGUCCAUGACAAGCUCUACAACCGCUCUGGCAUUACACCGCCUCAAACACGCACCUACGUCGAGGCUGUGCGCUUGGCAGGUCACCUCAACGCUGAUGAAUUCCAGAAAAAAGCGCGGUUGGCAGACAAGCUGCGGCGGAUGGCGCUGAUGGAGCCUCUGACGAGGCUGCUCGAUGGGAAGGUGCCAACAGCCUCACGGGUCGAGCCAAUUGUUCGUCUCGAAGUGUCUGCAUCCCGCCCUCGGACUCCCACAAGACGCGGCCGGCGCGUUGGCUCAUACAAGCGUGCACAAGUUGUUGACGCUCUUGCCGACGACGUUCGAGAGAUGACCAAGCGUGCCAAGGACCGAGAGGAGCGAAUUGAACGGUGGAAGAGAGAGGCGGAUGCAAAGGCUGAAGAGAGUCACAAGGUACUGGUUGAAGAGGUGAAGAAAGGCGUUGCGGAGGGAGUGCGUUCCGCCAUGAAGGAGGGACUCGAGGCCCUGGUGGAGUUGCUUAAACCCACUUUAGCUCGAGAGCGCAGCUGA